UUUCCAUCAGACUGUCCCACUUAAGACAUAACACACACUCUCACACACAUACACAACCCAACAUGGCAUCUCCUGAACAGCAAAAGCAGCUACAAGCUCUGUCUGAUGACUACUCCUCCCUCCAGAACGAAUUGCAAACCACUGUUGCAGCCAGACAGAAGCUAGAAUCUCAACAACAAGAGAACAGGGGUGUCAAAAGUGAAUUCGCAAACCUUGACGAUGAUGCCAAUAUCUACAAGCUCGUUGGACCUAUCCUACUAAAGCAAGAGGUGUCCGAAGCAAAGAGUACUGUUGACGGACGAUUGGACUUCAUCCAGAAUGAAAUCAACCGCAUCGAGAAGCAAAUCUCAGACAUUCAAGAAAAGAGCGAGGAAAAGAAGAUGGCUGUCUUCCAACUUCAGACUGAUAUCCAGCAAACUGGUCAAGCAUGAGAGCAUAAACCCACUGCAAUCACAAUGUAGUGCCACCAGAAGCAUUGGAUGUCAAGCUGCAGCAAGAUUCGAAAGUAGGCACACCCGGCCUUCUCUGAGCGUCGACUAAUGCGUAAGCUGAGGACGGUGUCUCUGGAAGAUGCCGCUCCAGACUUGUGACGACAGCCUAAACGGGUGCUAUCUCUAACAGACGCUGCAUCUGAGUGCCCAAAAGAUACCAAAAGAUACAAAUUCGGUGAUGGGAACGAAGCUGCUGGUCACAGAGGAGCAAAGGCGUACUCGGCUGAGGUAUGUCAAACGAAACACACGGCGUGUCAAUAGUCAGUUGUCAAACAAUUAUAUGCACGACUACCCAUUUUCUCCUCACAAUUUUCACACAAAAGUGAUACAGGGCAAAGAUAAGUAAUGGCGUGAAUGUGUUUUUAAUUAUCAUUUUCUAUCAUUUCCG